AUGCCUCCUCGUUCGAAUCCUUUGCCGGUGCUCGACACCAAGUCCCUGCCAUCGCAUGCGAGGCACGAGAGAUAUCACAGUUCUCCAGCACACGACGCCGAAGAGUCUCCCGAAACACCCUCCUCGGACGAAUCGGGACUAUGGCAAAUGUCACCUAUCGGUCGAGGCAAAGGCAAGGGUAAGGGACGUGAUGACAGCCAUGGCGAUAAGAAAGCCAAAAUUUCAGGCAAGGCCAAACCAGCUCUCGCCGAACUGAGGGAACAAUGGUCGGCGACAGCGGCUGGUCCAUCUCGAUCCUCAACUUCAGGUGCGAGGUCAAGCAACGCCGAAGAUGAUGGCAGUGCAGAUUAUGAAAGACGGUUUCAGAAGUACGGGACAGCGAACCAAGCAGGUCGUCAUCCAGAAUACUACCCUCAUCCAGAUGACUCGCCGACUCAAGACGAUCGUUAUGAGUCGAUGCGAGCAGCGGGACCAAGCCGUGCCAUUGUGCCAAAAUGGAGAGAGGCGGCUGAGCAUGUCAGCAGAGAUAACAGUCGUGCAGUUCGAGAGAUCCAAGCAGCAGGAUCGUCAGUCAGAGACUUUGCAUACGAGAGUUCUUCGGCACAACACCGAGAUCCCGGCGCAAGGCCGAAGAAGCGUGACGAAAUUGUGCCAGAGUUGCCUCCCAGUUUCCUUGCGGUGAAUACCUUGCAGUCCAAUGUUGAUCGGGGACUCGUCCCACCUGGAUGGAUCUUUCUGACACAUGAACAGCGUGCAAAUAUGGCAGCCGAAGAGAAAGCUGAGAAGUCCAAGUUUCGAGAUCCUGACGAUUUCGGCAAUAGUAUGGGUGGUCGGAUUGAUCGAGGUGAAAGCUCGAGCUUUGAGUGA